AGACGUGUAAAUUAGCGCUCUGUCUCAGGGGAUCGUUACGAAAGAUUAAAUAUAUUGUCCUUGUUGUCUUUCUAUAUAUUUCUGCCACGAUACUUGAAAGACUGCUUCGAGCGUAACGUCAACAAUACAAAGAACUACGCUUCCCGGCAUGCUCCGCGGCCAGACAACAUGGUGUCAUACACUGCACCAGCUGCAGAGGAUUGUGUACUUUAAUAUAACCUCACAAUUUGCAGCCAUGUCGAGUUUCUUCGUGGUUGUUUUGCUCUUCGUAGGUCGGGUGUCUUCCUCGGAUACUAAAGUCUCACAGAAUGCCUACAGCCCCACUGAGAGCUAUUUCAUGUCGAUAUGGCACAACAGGCUGUAUUUGUAUUCGGCUGCUGCACUUGUUUUUGGGAUCUGGUUCUCACUGAAGGUGGCGCUGAAGAAGAAAAGCUUCUCCAAAGAUGUCGGCACAUUGGUGUACAGAGCUGUGAAGAACAAUGACCGAGACACUGUGGUUCACCUGUCAGGAGUUAAAAUCUUCUACGGCUCACAAACUGGAACAGCAAAGAGCUUUGCACAAGAGCUGUCCGAGGAGGUGAAGACUUUGGGAAUACCAGCAGAGGUGAUAGACAUGAAAGACUACGAUCCCGACGAUCGGCUUGCUGAUGAGUGCUCCAACAAGUCCGUCUGUGUGUUCCUCGUGGCCACCUACACUGACGGACGGCCCACAGAGAACGCUGAGUGGUUCUGCAAGUGGUUGGAGGAGGCGUCCACUGACUUCAGAUACGGGAAGACUUACCUCAAAGGCCUCAGAUAUGCAGUGUUUGGUCUCGGCAACUCCGUCUAUGUUGGCCACUACAACACAGUGGGUAAAAACGUGGACAAGUGGCUGUGGAUGCUGAGCGGCAUGCGAGUCAUGACCAGGGGAGAGGGCGACUGCAAUGUGGUGAAGAGCCGUAAUGGCAGCGUCCAGGCGGACUUCCUGGCUUGGAAGGUCAAGUUCCUGAACCGCCUCCAGGCUCUGACCAAGGGAGAGAAGAAGAGCUGCAGUGGGAACUGUAAGACUGGAGGCUCCUGUAAGAACAAGAGGAGAGACACACAGGAGGAGGAGGAGGAGGAGGAGGGGGAGAAGGCAGCGCUGAAGAAUAACAGCUCUGAGGAGGAGCUGAUGGAGUCCAGCAGUGAUGACGAGGAGUCUGGUCAGCAGCGUGAGAAGAAAUCUGCUUCAGUGGUCGACAUGGAGGAUCUGGGCAACAUCAUGAACAGUGUCAAGAAAGCAAAGAGUAAAGAUGAGAGUCGAGGAGACGGCCAGAUGGUGAAACUAUCCAAAUUGAACGGAACGAGGAAGAUUGAAGAUGAAGGGGAAAGAAGAGAGAUGAUCACCCCUGCCCUUAGAGACGCGCUGACAAAGCAAGGGUACAAACUAAUUGGAAGCCACUCGGGAGUAAAAUUGUGUCGAUGGACCAAGUCUAUGUUGCGGGGGAGAGGAGGCUGUUACAAGCACACGUUCUAUGGUAUUGAGUCCCACCGCUGCAUGGAGACGACCCCCAGCCUCGCCUGUGCUAACAAGUGUGUCUUCUGUUGGAGACAUCACACCAAUCCUGUGGGCACAGAGUGGCGCUGGAAAAUGGAUCCUGCUGAAAAAAUCCUGCAGGACUCUCUGGAGAAGCAUCAGAACAUGAUCCGACAGUUCAGAGGUGUCCCCGGAGUGAAGCCAGAGAGAUACGAGGAGGGCUUGGCGGUCAAACACUGUGCACUCUCCCUGGUGGGUGAGCCAAUCAUGUACCCCGAAAUCAACACUUUCAUCCGCCUUCUCCACUCCCACCACAUCUCCAGUUUCCUGGUCACCAAUGCACAGUUUCCACAGGAAAUCAGGAGCCUGGUGCCAGUUACCCAGCUGUAUGUUAGUGUGGACGCCAGCACCAAAGACAGUCUGAAGAAGAUUGACCGGCCACUUUUCAAGGACUUCUGGCCGCGCUUCCUGGACAGCCUCAGGGCUCUUGGAGAGAAGAGACAGAGGACGGUGUACAGACUGACGCUGGUGAAGGCCUGGAACGUGGAGGAGAUGCAGGCCUACUCGGAGCUCAUCGCUUUGGGCCAGCCGGACUUCGUCGAGGUUAAGGGAGUGACGUACUGUGGGGAAAGCUCUGCCAGCAGUCUCACCAUGGCUAACGUGCCUUGGCACCAGGAAGUGGUCGCCUUCGUCCAGCAGUUGGCCGACAUGUUGCCUCAGUAUGAGAUUGCCUGCGAGCACGAGCACUCCAACUGUCUGCUCAUCGCGCACACCAAGUUCAAGGUGGACGGCGAGUGGUGGACAUGGAUCGACUACGAGCGUUUCCAGGAGCUGGUCCAGACUCACGAGGAGAGUGGGGGACUGCAGAGCUUCUCAGCCUUGGAUUACAUAGCCAAGACUCCCAGCUGGGCUCUGUUCGGAGCCAGCGAGCAGGGCUUCGACCCGGCCGACACGCGCUUCCAACGACGCAACAAAACCAAAGACAUCUCAGGAUGCUGAGAGAGAGAGAAAGAGGGAUAGUAAAGAUGAAGUAGUUGAGUUUCGUUGUUUCCUUUUGCUGGACAGCUUCUUCUUUUUUUUUUUUUUUUUACUGUCCGCAGCUGCACUCUUCUGAUGUGAAACUCAUUCUCCCUCUUUUAAUUUCUUUUCGAUUUGCAUUUUAUUCUAAGAUCAGAUGAAACCUGCCAGAAUCAGUUACUUUACCCUCGUUUUCUAGACAUUCCCCUUCAUUUACUGUCAGCGCUUUUCUUGCUUUGUAGAUAUUUGUUGAUCUUUUGAUACUUCUCUUUAUUUUUGAAGGGGUCGUUAUUUUAACGUCAGUGGGUUUGAUCGAUUAGAACCUUCUGGCAGCACUUUAUACUCUUAAAGUUGAACCUGGCUGUGGCUUCAUCGCCUGCCUCAUUUCUUACGAUCCAGUUCCUAGUUUGGCAGCUGUGCAGUUCGGGACAUGAUCAGAAUGUAAGGAGCAGAUCUUUUCCUCGUGUCGUCUGUGGGAGCGGCACAUCUUUCCCAGACACCUUUGCUCUUCCUCCCACUCAUUAGGACGGUGGUUUUAUUAACUUGCCAGUGAGAGAAAAGCUCUCAGACUGCGUCUCCUCUGGGAGAGUCAAGCUUCUUAUUGCUCUCUUUGUGCUUUUAUUUAUUUAUUUUUUUUAGUCCAAACGUUGCACUGUAGCACAUUCCCAGCAAUGUCAGCUUUGCUUGGUUUCAGAGCUCUGAGCCUGGAGGAGGAAAAUGUAGCAGGUUUUGACAGGUGAAUCUACCAUUCUGACUGUUUGGCUGUACGUUAGUGAAAGGUAGACAGCAUUUUAAAAAACGAACAUCACAACAUACAGUUUUUGACUUAUUUUAGUAACUUUAUAUCAAGUUUCUGAACGUUUUGGAUGUGAUGUCACUGCUAGGGAGGGAUGACAAAAGUCUCAAACUUGUACAGUACAAAUAUACUGUACACAUUAGCCAGGUCAAGAUCUGAUCGCUCAUACCACUUUUGUCCAAAGGCGCUGCUAGAAUCAGCAAAAAAAAUAACCUUUCUUGUAGUCGCUUUAAAUAGACAUACCACUGGACACAAUUAUAGAAAACUACUGUACCAAUGUGCAACACAUUUAUAGUGUAAACACCCAAAAGUAUACAGUUAAAUAUACCUUCAGGUAGCAGUCCAAAAGAAGCCACGUGGGAGGUAAUGUAGCUUCACAUUGGUCUAACUCAUGGACUCCUCACCAGAAUUUAGCCGUUACUGAUAUUUGAGUGAAUCCAGAUGUAAAAGUGAAGUCCAUUUGAAUUUGUUUUUUUAUUAUUAUUAUUUGAAUGUAAACCUUUCAGUCCCCUUUUGUAUUUGUUUUGUACCUUCUUCAAUGUCGUAGCAACUCCAUGUUGGGAGAAACAGCAGGUGUGCGAUUAAUCACUGUAGUAAAUGUAUUUGAAAUA